AUGCCGCAACCUUUAAAUGCGAAAGAGGCGUCACUCUUUCGCCAAGUCAUCCGCAACUAUGAGGACAAGCAGUACAAACGUGGCAUCAAGACGGCCGACCUGAUCCUUAAAAAGGUCCCCAAACAUGGUGACACCAUGGCCAUGAAGGCGCUCAUCAUGAAUGCCCAGGGAAAGACGGACGAGGCCUUUGCGCUAGCCAAGGAAGCCCUAACCGUCGACAUGAAGUCGCACAUCUGCUGGCAUGUUUACGGCUUGCUGUACCGCUCGGUUAAGAACUUCGAGGAGGCUAUCAAGGCGUACAAGUUUGCUUUGAAGCUCGAUCCCGACAACAACCAGAUUCAGCGCGACCUUGCCAUUCUCCAGAUCCAGAUGAGGGACUACCAAGGACACAUCCAGAGCCGCUAUACCAUGCUCCAGGCCCGCCCCAAAUUCCGCCAAGUCUGGACCGCCCUUGCCGUUGCCCACCACCUCGCCGGCGACCUCGCUGAAGCCGAGAGGGUUCUUACGACCUAUGAAGAGACGCUGAAGACGGCACCUUCCCGCCUAGACUUUGAGAACUCGGAGGCCGUUAUGUAUAAGAACUCUCUCAUCGCAGAGCAGGGCGACUAUAAGCGUGCGUUGGAGCAUCUCGAGACCGGCGCUAAGCAUAACCUCGACCGCCUCGCCGUGCUAGAAAGGCGAGCUGAGUACUUGGCCAAGCUCGAACAAAACGAGGAAGCUGCCCGUGCGUACCGCGUCCUAAUCGAGAGGAAUCCUGAACAUCCCGAGUACUACGAGGGCCUCCUGUCCGUCUCUGGUGUCGCCAAGGACGACGCCGCUGGUCGCAAAGCCAUCUUUGACGAGUACGCGGCCAAGUUCCCCCGUAGCGAUGCCGCUAAGAGGUUGCCCCUUGACUUCCUCCAGGGAGACGACUUUGUUGACGCUGCAAGGACUUAUUUGGCCUUCAUGCUGGACAAGGGCAUCCCGUCUACAUUUGCCAACCUUAAGCAUCUCUACUCCGACACGUUCAAGAAGGACACCCUCCUAAAACUAGUUUCCGAGUACACCGAAUCGCGAAGCAAGACCGAUACCGAUAGCAAAGAGAAGAGCGACGAGUCCAAAGGAGAGACCGCCGGAUUAUACUAUCUCGCACAACACUACAACUACCACCUCAGUAGAGACCUGGCCAAGGCCCAGGAAUACAUUGACCGCGCAAUCGAGAGGAUACCUGAUAGCGUCGACUUCCACAUGACCAAGGCCAGAAUACACAAGCACACCGGAGACCUUGCCAAGGCAGCCGAGGUCAUGGAUAAGGCGCGGUCACUCGAUACCAAGGAUCGUUACAUUAACACCAAGGCUGCGAAGUACCAGCUCCGUAACGACGAGAACGAAAAGGCGCUCAAGACGAUGGGGCUAUUCACACGAGCCGACACGCCCGGUGGACCGAUUAACGAUCUCCUCGACAUGCAGUGCCUCUGGUUCCUCACGGAAGACGGAGAGGCGUACGCACGACGGGGCAACAUCGGCAUGGCUCUCAAGAGGUUUCACCAAAUCUUCAACAUUUUCGAAGUGUGGCAUGACGACCAGUUCGACUUCCACAGCUUCUAUCUUAGAAAGGGCCAGGUGCGGGCCUAUGUGGACAUGGUCCGAUGGGAGGACCGUCUGUACGAGCACCCCUUCUACACGAGAGCGGCCCUGGAUGCCGUUGACGUGUACCUUAAGAUGCACGACAAGCCGUCGGCCAACGGCGUGAAUGGAGCGGAUGGCGCGAACGGAGAUGACGACCAGGAGAGAAAGAAGGCUGCGCGCAAGGCGCGGAAAGAGAAGCAGCGGUUGGAGAGGGAGGUUGCGGAGCAAGCUGCCAAGCGAGAUCCUAACAAGCCCAAACCGGCUGCGGGCGGCGAGGCUAAGAAGGUGGACGAGGACCCGCUCGGUCUUACGCUUGCGGCGACUAAGGAUCCUUUGAAGGAGGCGGUCAAGUUCCUUACGCCUCUGUUGCAGUAUACGCCGAAGAGGCUGGAUGCGCAGCUUGCUGGGUUCGAUGUCUACAUUCGACGCAAGAAGUAUCUGCUUGCGCUGCAGUGCCUCAACUCCGCCAUCGCGCUCGACAGCACCAACCCCAAGGUCCACGAGCGAAUCAUCGAGUUCCGCCACGUCGUCGAGCCCGCGGGCGCGUCCCUGCCCGUCAAGGUCGUCUCGGUAAUCAAGAGCGAGUUCCCCGACAUCGCCGACUCGGCGGACCUCGACGAGAUCAACGACGAGUUCCUCGCGGCCAACAAGGACAGCGCGCGACACGUCCUUGCCGCCGUGCGCGCGCAGAAGCUCCUCGGCGGCGUCGACAAGAGCGCCCUCGAGAAGAAGCUGCUGGAUGUUGUCGGGUUGAAAGACGCGGACCCGGAGGUGGCGCAGGAGGUUUUGGAGACGUUGAAGGCGUGGAGGAGUGGGGAGGUGGGGGCUUUUAAGAAGGCGGCUGGGGAGAGAUGGCCGAGGGUGACGAGGCUUGCUUAA